AUGACCAACAUGAGCUGGAGCUUCCUGACGCGGCUGCUGGAAGAGAUCCACAACCACUCCACGUUCGUGGGGAAGGUGUGGCUCACGGUGCUGGUGGUCUUCCGCAUUGUGCUCACCGCCGUGGGCGGCGAGUCCAUCUACUCCGACGAGCAGACCAAGUUCACGUGCAACACGCGGCAGCCCGGCUGCGACAACGUCUGCUACGACGCCUUCGCACCCCUGUCGCACGUGCGCUUCUGGGUCUUCCAGAUUGUGGUCAUCUCCACGCCCUCCGUCAUGUACCUGGGCUACGCCGUGCACCGCCUGGCCCGCGCCUCCCAGGAUGAGCGCCGUCGCUCUCGCCGCCGCCCCGGCCGCCGCGCGGCCCGCGCGCCCCUGCCGUUGCCCCCUCCGCCGCACCCGGGCUGGCCGGAGCCCGCCGACCUGGGCGAGGAGGAACCCAUGCUGGGCCUGGGCGAAGAGGACGAAGACCCGGGAGUGGCCGAGGGCCUGGGUGAGGAGGACGAGGCCGAGGACACGGGGGCGGCCAAGGGCGCAGGAGGGGACGCCAAGGUGGCUGCGGCCCCGGGUCCCGCGGGCCAGCAUGACGGGCGGCGGCGCAUCCAGCGCGAGGGCCUGAUGCGCGUGUACGUGGCCCAGCUGGUGGCGCGGGCCGCCUUCGAGGUGGCCUUCCUGGUGGGACAGUACCUUCUGUACGGCUUUGAGGUGCGGCCCUUCUUCGCAUGUAGCCGCCAGCCCUGUCCCCAUGUGGUUGACUGCUUCGUGUCACGGCCCACUGAGAAGACGGUCUUCCUGCUGGUCAUGUACGUGGUCAGCUGCCUCUGUCUGCUGCUCAACCUCUGUGAGAUGGCGCACCUGGGUCUCGGCAGCGCGCAAGACGCCGUGCGCGGCCGCCGCCCACUGCCCCCCUCCCCCGGCGCCAUGCCCCGCCCGCCUCCCUGCGCUCUGCCCGCUGCGCCUUCAGGCCUAGCCUGUCCGCCUGACUAUAGCCUGGUGGUUCGCACGGCUGAGCGCGCACGCGCCCAGGACCAGGACCUGGCCAGCCUGGCCCUGCAGGCGCUGCAGGACCGGCGGGCACUUGGGGACCUCGACAGUCCACCCGGCCCGGGCCUCCCAGUGAACGCCCGGGGGCCCCCGAAGGCUGGCGCCCCUGCGUCGGGGUCGGGCAGUGCCACAUCAGGGGGCACUGUGGGGGGCCAGGGUCGGCAGGGGAUCAAACCCAGGAUGGGCUCAGAGAAGGGCAGUGGGAGCAGCAGCAGGGAGGGUAAGACCACCGUGUGGAUCUGA